CCUGCCACUUUACAUAAAGUAAUCCCGUAGAAGUGCAUCUGAAUUGAGAUUCCCCUUUUUGCAGCUUGUCUCCCAUAGUUGGUACGUUCUUGCGAUUGGACAUAAGGAAGGAUUUUAGCAGGCUCAAAUGUUUCAUCAGGAAUGACCCAGUCAAGAACUUGGUUUCUACCAACAGUUACCUGUGGUGAAGGCGCAAAAUGGAUUGGUGCAGACAACGGUCACUCUGGGAUCAGGAAUGGAACAGUAUUGUCUUUAGUUACGAAAGGCGACGUGGUGAAAGGAGGAAUCCACAGUUUUUUGUUGAAAGACAUGUUCAUCACACUGUUGGAGUUAUGGAUUGGGGUACUAUAGCUUAUGGUUCCAGGUCACCUUUAAUCUUCAUCAGAGGUAACAUGAACGCGCAGCAUAAUGCCCGACCACAUGUUGCAAGAGUCACAAUAGACUUCUUGCAACAUAAUGAUGUCACAUUGUUACCAUGGCCACCAAGAUCUCCCGACUUAUCCCCAAUUGAGCACGUGUGGGAUAUGAUGGGUAGGAGAUUGCUCAAUUUGCAACGUCCUCCUCAGACUCUAGAAGCACUUCAAGAGGAGUUGGUGGUUGCCUGGAAUGAGAUACCACAGGAGGACAUUGACCACCUGAUCAGAAGCAUGCCUAGGCGCGUUGGAGAAUGCGUAGCACAUCAGGGUGCAUCCACACAUUAUUAA